UUAAUUAAAAGAUACUGAAUCGUCCCUUAGGAGAACAGUUAAUGAACGUGUAACAUAGCAUCACAAUGUAUUUGAUGUUGGACGUACGCCAGCUUUACAAAACGUAUAACGGCUUCGUUUAUAAAUGUACAGAGGCGGAUCCAAAAAUCGUGCUCAGGGGCUUGUAGUGACUACCUAAUAUUAUUUUUUUAAGAUUAAAGUAACUUUCAAAAAACCUAGUAAAAUAUAUCUUUGUCCGAUGUACCGAUUAAGUUUUACCUAUGAGUCUACGUCUAAAAAAAAGUUAAAAAAAUAUUCAAUCAAUGUUUAUUUUCAAAAAAAAUAUACGCAUGGAAAUUGAACGUCUAAUUGUGUCCAAAACUUGCGAAAUUCUAAGAUGAAGGAGUUUUUUGUCGUGAACCUUCUAGAAUUCUAAAUCUUUAAAGGAAAGAGGUAUAGGUACCUACAUUUAUCCAUUGGAUAGAUAUAAUCUACAAAAAAAUUCAGAUGGUAUGGAUUAAAAAGGAGGAACUAUAGUGAGUAAAGUACGCACAUAAACGCACCGAACGAAGUAAAUCCGCCAUAUUGAAUUUAUGGUGACGUCACAUACUUAGCGCCUUAUUAUUAGUUGUCCUCUUGCUAAAAUUAUAAACUAAGUAAUAGAUUUCAUUGAAAAUGCAAUACAGCCCUGCGCGAUCACAGACAGUCAAUCACUGCAGUUAGUUACGUAAAGGGAAGUGUUAGCAGACGCGUCGUUUCAAUGUCAAUGUUACUCGUAGACACAGUUUACAUUUUGUACGCGUGGUAUUGUCUCUAUAAAUAAUUAAGAAUUGUGUACCGCGCUGGUACUCAGUUUAUUUAAACGUGUCUAGCAAUUAUAAUUUUAAUAUUAAUUUAAAAUCAACUGUUAAAUGUCCAACAAAUUAAAAUACAUAGGUCACAGUGAAAUUUAAAAAGCAUGACCCAAUGGAAUGAAUUCAAAUUCUUUAUAUGAGGCAAUCCAUCUAGACUUUCUAAGUUUGAUAAAAUUAUUAAAACGAUUUAAUAAUUGUUUGCUUCUAAGUUACACUUGUGCAAUAGUUUCUUAUUUGGAAGUACCCAUAUAUUCUGGGGUCUUUGAUCCAAUCCAAUACAUUACCGGUUUUUCAACAUUGUCAAACCGAUCUACAUUCCCGUAUCUAAUCCUGGUAAAACUGGUGAAAACUUACAAUCGGAAUAAUGGCAGAUGACAUCAUUACUUCUGUUACUGAGCUGUACAAGCAAAAGAACUGGAAAGCUAUCGUGGAAAUAUACCGGGAACAUCCAGAACGAAAUAAGUUGCUGUGGGUAUUCCCCACGGAAGAAAACUUUCAUUUCAUAACACAGUAUAUGGAGGAACUGAAGUGCAGUGAAAUACUGAGUGUUGGAUGCGGUAGUGGUCUUCUGGAAUGGAUUAUCACUGAAGCUACAGGUUACCCCGUAUCAGGAUUGGAAGUUGAUGGCGCAUGGUGGCAAUGUAAAUACGCUCCACCAACAUUUAUACCCCUAAAGUUCACUUCUCCUGAAUUAGACAAAGCAACGACGGCUUUGUUACAAGACAGUAAAAGCACUGCUUUACUCUUCUGUUAUUUUAACAACGGUCCAGCUUUUAAACAGUAUUUAGAUUAUUACUCGGGAAAAAUGCUGAUUAUUAUCGGACCCGAAUAUGGAAAAGGUGUUCACACAGACCCGAGACCUUUUGGCGAUGUUCCUGAUACAUGGACUUUGCGAGGUUGGCAAGAAGUUGCUAGCACUAGAGAUUUUAUUGCUGUGUAUUAUAAAAAUAAAUAA